UUAUUACCAUAGCAUGUGUCAGGCCGUAUAUAACAGGCUGCAGGCGGCCUUGGCUGGAGACAGACGCACAGUUCACAGUGAGGAAAGACAUUGGGAGGUAGAAGGAAGCAUGUUGGACCAGUGACAAAUCCGUCCUUGGGUUAGACCAAGACCUUCACACACGCACAAAAAAAAAAAGUAUCCUACUUCCUAAAAAUUGUCACUCUUUUGCUGUAACAUCAAGGAACUCACCAUUUUCUUUUCCUCUUUACGCACUGGAUUAACGCUUUAUAACGGAACCGGAGGACUUCUCUACUUCUCACGCAUCGUGUUUUGCGACUUUUGUUUUUAAAGUUUGGGAUUUACUUUGGGAUUUUUUUUUCCCUUUUUUCCUUUUUGUUUUUUUGCUGCUGUUCCUCGGGACAUGAAUGAAAGCGGCGUGGCUGACAGCCGCAGCAGUUGAUGAGAAAACCCCGUGAGGCGACAGACGCGUGCUCAAUGCAUCUUCCCCAGAGGAACUGAACCGGAGGCAUCCUGAGGACAAGCCAAGCCCCGAGACUUUUUACUUUAUUUAUUUAUUUAUUAUUAUGUAUUUAUUUAAUAUGGGGCGCGUCAUCCUGUUGGCUCUUGCCGUAAUGUCCAUGUUGCUGUGCCAGGGGUUGUGUUCGGGAGUUUUUGAGCUGAAGUUGCAGGAGUUUCUUAACAAGAAGGGAGUACAGGGCAACAGGAACUGCUGCAAAGGAGGACUGGCUUCGUCUUUCCAGCAGCAGUGCGAAUGUAAAACCUUCUUCAGGAUCUGUCUCAAGCACUACCAGCCCAACGCCUCCCCAGAGCCUCCGUGCACCUACGGUGGCGCUGUGACGCCUGUCCUCGGCUCAAACUCAUUCCAGGUCCCCGAUGUCAUCCCGGAGAAUUUGUUCAGCAACCCCAUCAGGAUUAACUUCGGCUUCACGUGGCCGGGGACCUUCUCGCUGAUCAUUGAAGCAUUACACACCGAUUCCAAAGACGACCUCUCCACAGAAAACCCAGACCGGGUCAUCAGCACCAUGACCACACAGAGGCAUCUGACGGUAGGAGAGGAAUGGUCCCAGGAUCUGCACACGGGAGGAAGAACCGAGCUCAAGUACUCGUAUCGUUUCGUGUGCGACGAGCACUACUACGGGGACGGCUGCUCGGUGUUCUGCCGGCCGAGAGACGACGCCUUCGGCCACUUCACCUGUGGAGAACGCGGGGAGAUUGUGUGCGACUCCGGGUGGAAGGGACAGUACUGCACUGAACCGAUCUGUCUGCCGGGAUGCGACGAGGAGCACGGCUUCUGCGAGAAACCCGGAGAGUGCAAGUGCAGAGUGGGAUUCAAGGGCCGCUACUGUGACGAGUGCAUCCGUUACCCUGGCUGCCUGCACGGGACCUGCCAGCAGCCCUGGCAGUGCAACUGUCAGGAGGGCUGGGGGGGACUCUUCUGCAACCAAGAUCUCAACUACUGCACUCACCACAAGCCCUGCAUGAAUGGAGCCACUUGUAGCAACACUGGCCAGGGCAGCUACACCUGUUCCUGCAAGCCCGGCUUCACUGGGGCCAGCUGUGAGAUCCAGGUCAAUGAAUGUGCUGGAAACCCCUGCCGCAACGGAGGAAGCUGCACUGAUUUGGAAAAUACAUAUACCUGCACUUGCCCUCACGGUUUCUAUGGCAACAACUGCGAGCUGAGUGCUAUGACGUGCGCUGAUGGGCCUUGCUCCAACGGCGGCCGCUGCGCUGACAACCCCGACGGAGGCUACUUCUGCCAGUGCCCCACGGGAUACGCGGGGUUCAACUGCGAGAAGAAGAUCGACCACUGCACCUCUGGCCCCUGCUCCAACGGUGCGCGCUGCGUGGACCUCGUCAACUCCUACCUGUGCCAGUGUCCGGACGGCUUCACCGGCAUGAACUGCGACCACACCGGGGACGAGUGCUCGGCGUACCCUUGUCAGAACGGUGGCACCUGCCAAGAAGGCCCCAACGGCUACACCUGCACCUGCCCGCCAGGAUACACCGGCCGCAACUGCAGCUCCCCCAUCAGCCGCUGCGAGCACAACCCGUGCCACAACGGCGCCACCUGCCACGAGAGGAACAACCGCUACGUCUGCGCGUGCGUUCCCGGAUAUGGCGGCAGAAACUGUCAGUUCUUGCUGCCGGAGCACGCCGCCAUCCGCGGGUCGGAGGUGCCCUGGAUGGCCGUCGGGUCCGGCGUGGCCCUGGUGCUGCUGCUGCUGGCAGGGUGCGCCGUGCUGGUUGGAUUUUUCCGGUCGAAGGUCCAACGUGGCGGUCAGGCAGAAGCAGCGGGCGAAGGAGAGACAAUAAACAACCUGACGAACAACUGCCACCGGAGUGACAGGGACCUGGCGAUCAGCGUGAUGCCGACGCCGGGCGUCAAGAACAUCAACAAGAAGAUGGACCUCUGCAGCAGCGACCCCGAUGAAGGAUCUUCACCGGGGAGGAGCAGCUACAAGAGCCGCCAUCAGCCUGCAGACUACAACCUCGUACACGAGGUCAACUACGAGCAGGCGGCCAAGGAGGCCAUGCUGGAGGCGGCCUGCGAGGACAAGUGCCAAUCCCUGGACUCGUUUGAGUUCGAGGAGAAACGCAGCAAACGUUUAAAAUGCGAUGCGUCAGAAAAGAAAGCCCCAGAAAUGUCUGCAUGUGCGGACACCAAGUACAAAUCUGUGUUUGUGAUGUCAGAGGAGAAGGACGAAUGUAUAAUUGCAACUGAGGUGUAACGAGCCACCAAUGGGCUGCCCGUUGCUCAUUUGCUCUAUGGGAGAGUUUUUAUGCUCCUUCAGAUGCUGCUCUAACCCUAGGGGGAGGUGUCCCGCCUUGAGACUGCUGCUGAUACUGAGACGUUUAACUGAUAUUCAGAGUGAGCUGGUUCUCUACUGGAAACUAAGCGCAGGCAGCGGCGGCCUGUGGGAUAAGAACUGGCAGGGGUAAAAAAAAAAAAAUAAAGAAAUUUAAAAAAAAUUAAAGAAAUAUAAAUGAACAUUGUCCCGUGUGGCAAAAACGUGCGAUGCAACAAGUUUUGCUUUUGCAACAUUUGCACCCGAGGCCUCUUCUCUAGCCCACAUGCCGUUGCUGAGCGCAGGAACUGCAUCAAACGGUGGAUGUUUGGCCAUACUGGCCUGUUCUUCACGAGGCUGUUCACAUGGGCUGUGCACCCAUCACCACACCUGUGAAGACUGUAUGUAUUCUUGAUCACUGUGUUUAACUGAAGUGCGUUUUCUUCCCGAAGCCCUCAACAAAAAACAAAAAACAACAAAAAAACAUUUAUGACAUAGUAUUGUUCAAUUUCUUUUUCUUUUCUUGUUUGGGACA